AUGCAUGUGAUUUGUGGUGAUGUAGGUGAUUGUAGUGAUGUAGGUCAUUAUGGUGAUGUUGGUCAUUAUGGUGAUGCAGGUCAUUAUGGUGAUGAAGGUCAUUGUGGUGAUGCAGGUCAUUAUGGUGCUGCAUGUGAUUGUGGUGCUGCAGGUCAUUGUAGUGAUGCAGGUCAUUGUGAGUAUGUAGGUCAUUAUGGUGAUGCAGGUCAUUGUGGUGCUGUUUGUCAUUAUGGUGAUGCAGGUCAUUGUGGUGCUGUUUGUCAUUACGGUGAUUCAGAUCAUUAUGGUGGUGCAGAUCAUUAUGGCGAUGCAUGUCAUUGUGGUGAUGCAGGUCAUUGUGGCGAUUGGGCUUAUUGUGGUGCUGCAGGUCUUUUUGGUGAUGCAGGUCAUUGUGGCGAUUGGGCUUAUUGUGGUGCUGCAGGUCAUUGUGGUGAUGCAUGUCAUUGUGGUGAUGCAGGUCAUUGUGGUGAUGCAGGUCAUUGUGGUGAUGCAUGUCAUUGUGGUGAUGUAGGCCAUUAUGGUGAUUGUUGUGAUGCAGAUCAUUAUGGCGAUGAAUGUCAUUGUUGUGAUGCUUGUGAUUGUGGUGCUGUAUGUCAUUGUGGUGAUGCACGUAAUUGUGGUGAUGCAGGUCAUUGUGGUGAUGCAGGUCAUUAUGGUGAUGUUGGUCAUUGUGGUGAUGCAGGUCAUUAUGGUGAUGUUGGUCAUUGUGGUGAUGCAGGUCAUUAUGGUGAUGCAGGUCAUUGUGGUGAUGCAGGUCAGUAUGGUGAUGCAGGUCAUUGUGGUGAUGCAUGUGAUUGGUAUGAUGCAUGUGAUUAUGGUGAUGCAUUUCAUUGUCGUGAUGGAUGUCAUUGUGGUGUUGCAUGUUAUUCUGGUGCAGUAAUUAAUUUUGGUGCUGUAAAUUAUUGCGGUGUUUUAAGUAAUGAUGGUACUUUAUUAGUAAUUGUGAUGCUGUAUGUAAUUGAGAUGCAGCAAGUUAUCGUGAUGUUGUAA